GCUUGCUGGCAGUGUUGUGCCAGAUCGGUGCGCGGUGCUCAUUUGACAGCAUGUGUUGCCGGAGUGGUGCUGUUUCUCCCAGACUGCCUUCAAUCUGGAGCAGGAGGACAGAGUAGGGUUUACAGAUGAAACAUGGGUGAAUAUGAAAGUGCAUUUGAUCUGGCUGUUAUUUAAGAGCCCGAUAUCUGCAGCAGAGCAUCCCAGUGCAGGCAUGCUUUACUGAAACCUGAUCAUCACUGCGGGUCAAAGAGAGUGUGUGUGUGUGUGUGUGUGUGGUACUGAGGAGUGAUACAGCAUCUUUCCAGGGGACAGCAUCCAUACGGCCAUCAGGACAAAAUGGCUGACAAGAGUGACCUAAAAGCAGAGCUGGAGCGCAAGAAACAGCGCCUAGCUCAAAUCAGGGAGGAGAAAAAGAGGAAGGAGGAAGAGAAGAAGAAGAAAGAGUCAGAAACACAGCAGAAAGCAGAGACUGUCCCAGAGGACUCUGAUUUGGACCGCAAGCGCAGAGAGACUGAGGCGCUUCUACAGAGUAUCGGAAUCUCCCCCGAGCCUCCGUUAGUUCCAACACAAAUGUCUCCUUCAAAGUCAAUGAGCACACCGAGUGAGACAGGCAGUCAGGACUCAGUGGAUGGUGCUGCUGCGGGCAGGACCCUGCAGUGGGACACUGACCCCUCUGUUCUGCAGCUGCAGGCUGACUCUGAGCUCGGACGCAGAAUGUACAGGCUUGGAGCAUCUAAGAUCACCCAGGUUGAUUUCCUGCCCAGGGAGGUGGUCUCGUACUGUAAAGAGACACAGACUCCUCUAGCAGCUCAUCAGUCUGAAGAAGAAGAAGAGGAGGAUGAAGAUAAUACAGAGCCCAAAGCAGGCCUGGAGUCCGACCAGAAGGAGGAUGAGGAGAACAAGGACUCAAAGGAAGGCCACCCGCGGGAGCUGACGGAGGAGGAGAAGCAGCAGAUUCUGCACUCUGAGGAGUUUGUGAUCUUUUUUGACCGCAGCAUUCGGGUAAUGGAGCGAGCGCUUGCUGAAGACUCCAACAUCUUCUUCGACUACAGCGGCCGAGACCUCGAGGAUAAAGAAGGAGACCUGCAGGGGGGGUCUAGUCUGUCCUUCAGUCGUCUGUUCUAUGAUGAGCGCUGGUCUAAGCAUCGGGUCAUCACCUGUCUGGACUGGUCCCCUCAGUACCCAGAGCUGCUGGUGGCCUCCUAUAACAACAACGAGGAUGCCCCUCAUGAACCAGACGGCGUGGCCUUAGUGUGGAAUAUGAAGUUCAAGAAGACCACGCCUGAGUACAUCUACCACUGUCAGUCUCCCGUGGUGUCUGUGGGUUUCGCCCGGUUUCAUCCUAACCUGUUGGUGGGUGGCACCUACUCGGGGCAGAUCGUGCUCUGGGACAACCGCAGCCACCGGAGGACCCCGGUCCAGAGGACACCGCUCUCUGCAGCUGCACACACUCAUCCAGUGUACUGUGUAAAUGUGGUGGGGACCCAGAAUGCCAAUAACCUGAUCACAGUGUCCACAGAUGGCAGGAUGUGCUCCUGGAGCCUGGACAUGCUCUCUCAACCACAGGAGAGCAUGGAGCUGGUAUAUAACAAGUCUAAACCAGUAGCUGUGACUGGGAUGGCCUUCCCAGCAGGAGACGUGAAUAACUAUGUGGUAGGCAGUGAGGAGGGAACUGUAUACACUGCAUCUCGACAUGGCAGUAAAGCUGGUAUCUGUGAGAUGUUUGAGGGCCACCAGGGGCCGGUGACUGGUAUCAGUUGUCACAGUGCCGUGGGCCCCGUGGACUUCUCUCACCUGUUCGUCACCUCCUCCUUUGACUGGACUGUGAAACUCUGGAGCACAAAGCACAAUAAGCCGCUGUACUCCUUUGAGGACAAUGCAGAUUAUGUGUAUGAUGUCAUGUGGUCUCCGGUGCACCCCGCUCUCUUUGCCGCAGUGGAUGGGAUGGGUCGUCUGGACCUGUGGAACCUCAACAAUGAUACUGAGGUGCCUACAGCCAGUGUGACGAUUGAAGGAGCCCCGGCUCUGAACCGUGUGCGCUGGGCCUCUGGAGGUAAAGAGGUGGCUGUGGGAGACUCAGAGGGCCGGGUUUGGAUCUAUGAUGUUGGAGAGCUGGCAGCAGCGCACACCGAGGACUGGGCACGCUUCGCUCGCACGCUAGUGGAGAUCCGCGCCAACCGGGCCGACGGUGAGGAGGAGGGGCCGGUGGAGCUGACCGCGUAGAGACGCAGUCUCAGAACAUCUGACCAACACUGUCUGUCCUACAUCAACAUUCAGCCCGGCGUGACUCACCCACAUAGCGGCCAGCAUGUGCAUUAGAGCUUUAAUCCAGUCUGAAAACCAGAUCAGAACUCAACAUUACACAGCCGGAGUCGCGGCCAGAGUCUCGGCCACAGCCGCAAGUUUGGAUGGCGAAUCCGUCCGAACGACUGCAGUUCUACGAUAUUCAGUCCCGGCCCGACCACCAGCACCAACUGGAGACAGAACGCUUUAAAUGGCCCUGGUAAACCUGAAAACCCUGUAAAAGUCACAGAUUUUUAAAAUCUCAAUUACCAGGCCUGGAGAUGCCUAAAACAUUUAGGAAAAUGGUUAAAAUUCUUAAAAACCUCUAUUACAAGGAUUACCGGUAUUAAGCAAAAUGAUUUCCUUAGAAGCACGCUUAAUAUUUUGAUAUUUUAAGGGGAAAAGUGUUCAACUGGUCAACCUCAGAGCCAGAGCCAACAUAAAUGACUCCAGCAUGCAAAUAAAAACUGUAAAAAGUAAAACAGCGAGAAAAUCUAUAGAAAUGUGGAUACUGACUAUUGGAAGCCUCGAUGUUUGAAGGUUUAAAGACAUAUUUAAAGCUCUAAUGUGCAUCUACACAGCACUAGGCCCUGUUCACACGUAUCCGGAAAUUUUAAAACACAUAAAUUUACCUCCCACAAUUUUUUUUUUUUUUUUGCUAAUCUUUCUAUUAACAUGGAUACAGAAAUGCUCGCAUGAUACACACUUUUCCCUACAUAGUGCACCAUGCAAGCCAUUAAAUUACAGAUGCUAAAUCUAAAUAAAGAACUAUGUAUAUAUUUGUAACAGAUCUAGCUACAAGAACUAACUAACUAACUAAUCUGAAAGAUGAUGAUGUAGUUUUAUGGCUUAUGUAGUUCACUACAUAGGAAAAAAGGAUGUAUUUGAGAUUUAGACAGAGGCAUGCAUGCUUUCAAUAUUUAAUAUUCCACAUUAAAGUACAUUUUUAAAAAGUUCAGUUUUCAGUGAUUAAAAAAAAUGCAUUUUAUGAGGGCAGAAGCCUAAUACUGCAAUGUGGAGAAUCUGGCGAUACCAAUUCCGAUCAGAUGCAGUUGCUGAACACAGCCUUCUAAAUAACAUCAUGCUCAAACUGUGAAACAAAUAUUCUACAUAAAGAACAAACACAUACAUUACUGGCUUUAAUAACAGGCUGACAGCACUGAUAUAGUUAGUGGCUACAAAGUUAUAAAUGUUCAUGUGUUUGCAGUAAAGAUGAGCAUUAAAUGCAAACCAUUAUGGCUAUUGGGUUUGUAGUGUAGUAACUUUUAAUAGUACUUUUUUUUUUGCUCAGUGCUAUUCCAAUCUGUUUAGGGCUUGAUUAAGUAAAUGAAGUCUGGUUCAAUGACAAAAAACCAAGGUCCAGAUGUGGCCCACAAAUGCAACGUCCAGGUCUGGUUUUGACUUAGGUUUUGAUCAUAUUGGUAAUACUUCUUUUUCUUCCAAUAUUUUUAUUAAGUGAUUUUAAAAAUAUCCGGAUACGUGUGGAUGUAGCACUAUUUACUCUGGUUUUGUUCAUCACAGAUUCCUUAUACAGAGCCCACACGUAUUAUGAUGAUCAGCUGAAGCACUUUGUAUUGCUUUGUACUUCUGUUGUGCGAGAGUCUACUGUAAUUCACUCGUUCUGUUUGUUAACAUAGCUUAUGAUGUGUACCGGUAAUCACAAGUCAUUGUUUUAGCAGUUGUUUAUUUAUGGGAUUUACGUGCCAGAUUUGUUACACUGAAAGAUAAGGCCUGCUGCCAUAGGCUUUUGGUAAUCAAUGUGAAGUAAAAAAAAAAAAAAAAAAAAAAAAAAGCUCAUAAGCUGCUAUGAAGCUUCUUAAUGCAGGCCAAAGAGGACAGGAUCCUUUGCACGGUCAAUUACUUGCUGUGCUUGUGCUGUGCAUUUGUGUGUGUGUGUAUGUAUGUAUGUGUGUAUAUAUAUUUUUGUAUUUACUUCCUGCAUGAAGUACAGUAAUGAAGCGAGUCCUACAGACAUGUGACCGUCUCAACUAGAGUAUUUAUAACGGCUACAAGGUUAAUGUCAGUCAAUGACAAUGAAGUGUGUUGUGCUUAUGAAAAGACAGGAGUUUAAUUCCACAUUUAAUCGAUACAGUGUGCUGACGGAAAAGCCAGAACGUAUUGCUAUGUACGAGAUGUGUGCCCAGUGGUUUCAUGCUAAUAAAAAUGGCAAAAUGGCAUAUGCUUCCAAACCGCAUAAAAAGCAA